CUUCUUUGUUUUCGUUUUACAUUCUUUUAUUUUAUUUAUUAUUUUAAGUAAGUUGAUAAAACGAGAUAAUCGUAAAUUGAAUAAUUGUUUUCUUUUCUACUUUUACUGUCCCUUACUGGCUUGAGUUUUUCUUUUUCCUUCAUAAAGUGCUAAAGAAUUGGCCUGCAAACACAAAAAUCGAGCUUAAACCAACAAAAGGUUGAUGAUUGAUAAAAGAUGAGUUCAUUAAACGUCGUUAUACAAAAGGUUGUGCAGUUUUAUGAAAAGCAAUCCAAGCCAGAGGGAAGGCCUUUCAUUCUAGGAAUCUCAGGACCUCAGGGAUCUGGAAAGAGUACUCUGGCUUUAACUUUAAAAGAAGCAAUGGAACGGAAAAAAGGAAAAGUUGUUGUGAACAUUUCACUCGACGAUUUUUAUUUGACCCAUGAAGAACAGGUGGCUUUAGGCAAAUCGCAUCCCGACAACCCAUUGAUCCAACAUCGAGGACUUGCAGGUACGCAUGAUGUGGAACUAAUGAAUUCCGUCAUUGAUUCCUUCAGAAAUCCCACCGACACUCCUAUAGAAAUUCCAUUUUACGACAAAUCCAAAUACAACGGAUAUGGAGAUCGUGCGGACAAGUCAAGAUGGCAAGUGGUUUCUCCGAAAGAGGUGGAUCUUGUGCUUUUUGAAGGAUGGAUGGUUGGUUUUGAACCCAUGGAUCCAUGUAUGCUGUCUGUGCGGGCUCGAUCAACAAAAUGGCAGUCUUUGGAAGACAGUCUGCUGUGGGUGAACGAACAGCUAGCGCGUUACCAACCGGUUUUUGAAAAAAUUGAUUCUCUUGUCCAAUUGGAAGCUCAAGAAAUCAAAUAUGUAUAUGCAUGGCGUCUCCAACAAGAACAUACACUCAAGACACUCAUUCGUACAGGUAUGUCGGAUGAAGAAGUCGAAAUGUUCGUCAAUAACUACAUGCCACAAUACAUCCUGUAUCUGGGAACAUUGUCCAACAAGGUCCAUUUAAGCCAUCGUUGUUUGGAAAUUGUCCUAGAUGAAAAUCGAUGGCCGGUCGUAAUUCACUAAACGACAAGCUGUGCACCUAAAAAAAUCUCGCUUCUUUUUUCUUUCGUUUUUUUUUUAUAUUUUUUUUUAUUUAAUGAAAUAAUGAUCUACUUCAACGGUAAGGGGAACAUAAGAAAAAAAGGAUGAAUAUCGCUCACACACCCAGGGGUUCCUUUCAACCUUUCGCCUAGCCUUACAAUUUAAACAUGAAUGAAAGGGAGGGGGGU